ACGCGGGUUCAAAAUCGCUGCAUUAUUGUAAUAUUUUUCCCGAUUGUAUGCACUGUUAUGAUGUAAUUACCUAUCUUUUUAAUUGAGCUUUUAUUUUUAAACGUGUUUAAUCAUUAUGUUAAGAUUUAUAGAUACUAAAACCUUAUGCAUCUCAUAUACCUACACGUGUUGCCUAAAUGAAGUAGGUAGAUACCUACGAUUUUACAAUGAACAUAACAACAAGGUUUCAUUCUUCGUUCUCGGUGGUUCUCGGUUCGUGGCGACUGGUUGAACCGGAUCGGUCAAAAACGACUGAUUCGUUCAUCAGUACUUUUGCGCGACCUCAGUCAAAUGACCGAAUCGGUCGUGACUGACACAGGACUAUUGGGAAUGUUUGGAAAUCGUUGAAACUUGAAAAUGACCUUAGAAAAUAAAAAAAAUCAUUUUUUAUUUAACGUUUAUUAUCACUAAUGUGUAUUUGUGCGACUGAGUUUCUCAAAUACAAAAUGGAGCAAAUUCAUCAGCAAAUUGCUGAAACUGCCGAAACUUUGUCUCAUGAUGAUCUACUACAAAUUACGAAAUUUUCACUAACUAAUCUAUUACAGACAGAUUCUUUGUUAUCUGAUUUACCCUCUGACAUCAUUUUAGAAGAGAUCGUAGCACUGACAGCAGUAGAACAUGGUCAGUCUAUUUGCAUCUACAUUUCCAGAGAAGAUGAACCACAUUUGAAAGUAAUUGUCCCACAAAAUGCGACUAUAAGAGAACUGAAGAAGGCAAUAGCAAGGCAUUUUGAAAUCUACCAGCAAAGGACUGCAAAUAAAGUGAAAAUAUCUUGGAAGUACAUAUGGAGGACGUAUGACUUGAGCUUUGAUAGUUUGAUCUUAGAUGAUGACAACAGCUGUAUAGGAAACUAUGGAGUCACCAACAAAGUUACAUUGAGCUUUAAGAAAAAGAGAAAAAACCCCAAAAUAUAGUUUUAUAUUAUUUAUUACGUCUGUAUUACAAGUAUCUAUUAUUAUUAAGAAAC